GCUGCGUCAUCGUCAGUGGCCGGUUUGAAUGAGACUCUCGUCGCACCCGUGCUGCCGCCACUACCGCGCCUCCGCCUUGGCCACCGCCACAGCUUCAUCGCGUCCCUUUCCCUUCGACGCCCUUGCCAGGCCCAGCCUUCCUGCGCCGCUGCCGCCGCCCUUUGUGCCGCCAUGCCGCUUUAUUCAGUUACUGUGAAAUGGGGAAAGGAGAAGUUUGAAGGUGUAGAAUUGAACACUGAUGAACCUCCAAUGGUGUUCAAGGCUCAGCUUUUUGCACUGACUGGAGUCCAGCCGGCCAGACAGAAAGUUAUGGUGAAAGGAGGAACGUUGAAGGAUGAUGAUUGGGGAAACAUCAAAAUAAAAAAUGGAAUGACUCUACUAAUGAUGGGGUCAGCAGAUGCUCUUCCUGAGGAGCCCUCAGCUAAGACUGUCUUUGUAGAAGACAUGACUGAAGAACAGUUAGCAUCUGCGAUGGAAUUGCCAUGUGGAUUGACAAACCUUGGUAACACUUGUUACAUGAAUGCCACAGUUCAGUGUAUUCGUUCCGUGCCUGAACUCAAAGAUGCCCUUAAAAGGUAUGCAGGUGCCUUGAGAGCUUCAGGGGAAAUGGCUUCAGCACAGUACAUUACUGCAGCCCUUAGAGAUUUGUUUGAUUCCAUGGAUAAAACGUCUUCUAGUAUUCCACCUAUUAUCCUACUGCAGUUUUUACACAUGGCUUUCCCACAGUUUGCGGAGAAGGGUGAACAAGGACAGUAUCUUCAACAGGAUGCUAAUGAAUGUUGGAUACAAAUGAUGCGAGUAUUGCAACAGAAAUUGGAAGCUAUAGAAGACGAUUCUGUUAAAGAGACAGAUUCUUCUUCUGCAUCAGCAGUGACACCUUCUAAAAAGAAAAGCUUAAUUGAUCAGUUCUUUGGAGUUGAGUUUGAAACUACCAUGAAAUGUACAGAAUCUGAAGAAGAAGAAGUCACUAAAGGGAAGGAAAAUCAGCUUCAGCUUAGCUGUUUCAUCAAUCAAGAAGUCAAGUAUCUUUUUACAGGACUUAAAUUGCGACUUCAGGAAGAAAUCACCAAACAGUCUCCGACAUUGCAAAGAAAUGCUUUAUACAUCAAAUCUUCUAAGAUCAGCCGACUACCUGCUUACUUGACUAUUCAGAUGGUUCGAUUUUUUUAUAAAGAGAAGGAAUCUGUGAAUGCUAAAGUUCUUAAGGAUGUUAAAUUUCCUCUUAUGUUGGACGUGUACGAACUAUGUACACCAGAACUUCAGGAGAAAAUGGUCUCUUUUCGAUCAAAAUUCAAGGAUCUAGAAGAUAAAAAAGUGAAUCAGCAGCCAAAGACAAGUGACAAAAAGAGUAGUCCCCAGAAAGAAGUUAAAUAUGAACCUUUUUCUUUUGCUGAUGAUAUUGGCUCCAAUAAUUGUGGAUACUAUGAUUUGCAAGCAGUGUUAACACAUCAGGGAAGGUCUAGCUCUUCAGGCCAUUAUGUAUCAUGGGUAAAAAGGAAACAAGAUGAGUGGAUUAAGUUUGAUGAUGAUAAGGUCAGCAUCGUGACACCAGAGGAUAUCUUGCGGCUUUCUGGUGGUGGAGACUGGCAUAUAGCAUAUGUAUUACUGUAUGGGCCUCGCAGAGUUGAAAUAAUGGAAGAGGAAAGUGAACAGUAAUUUUAGCUAUUUAUGUUUAGGUGUGAAAUAAAUGUUAUUUGUUGAUCAUUUCAAUAAUCCAGAGCUUUAGCAGAAGCUAUUUAGGUGGUUUUAUGUGUAUCCCCUCGUGUGGAACAAAAGAGGGUGGAAGCAGACCACUCUGUGGAUCAACCUAAAAAAAAUUACAGAAUAAAGAAAAUUGCCUUUGGACUGUGCUCCCCUGUAUAAAGGUUGCAGGAAGAUAUUUUUUAAAAGCUUAUUUCUUGCAUUAAUUUUUAAAAAUUCUCAUCUGAAAAUGCCUUUCAACCAUUACCUUCUGUGAUAAAUUUUUUCUCCCUUUUUCAGCCCAGGAUUCAGCAAUCAGAUGUUUAUUGCACACCUAUUACUCUUUGUUGUUGUUCUUGCAUGGUUCAAACCACCGGUGAUUCAUAGCUGCCCAUCCUUUGCCUUAUCUAACAAAAAUUUUACCAGGAAGGUAGAAAGGAAGUAAGUGUUUUUCUCAUUGUGUUACUCAGUGCUGCUGCCCACAUCCCAUGGAAACAUGGGUACAAUCAAGUAUUUGUCCAGCCUGACUGUUGCUGGCUUUUCAUGACUUUAAAAUAAAUUGUGAUCAGUAAUAGUACAUUUGAUUAUACAUUUAUUACUGUGUCUCUCUGUACUAUGGUUUGUAUAUUUAACUUUGCAAUGGUUUUGUAGUCAUCAACCUUUAAAAAAAAUUGACAAGCUCUGGUUGCUUAUUUUUAGAAAAUGAGGAUAUUUAAUAAAAAAAAAAAAAAAAGGAGGGACUAAC